AUGUCCAGCUCCAACUCCAACUCCGGGACGGUAAAGACGUGGCCACGGAUCCUGCUGCGGCUGGAGGGGACGACGAUCCUGGGGGCGUCGCUGUGGGGGUACCACCGAACGGGGCUCCCGUGGUGGGUGUUCGCGGGCUGCCUGCUGCUCCCGGACAUUGGGAUGACGGGGUAUCUCGCGAACACGCGGGCGGGCGCCGCCACGUACAACAGCCUGCACACGUCGACGCCGCCGAUCCUGCUGCUGUGCGCCGGCUGGGCGCGCGACAGCAAGCUGCUCGCCGGCGCCGCCCUGUGCUGGCUCGCCCACAUCGGCAUGGACCGCAUGGCGGGUUAUGGCCUGAAGUAUGGGACCGCGUUCGGCCAUACCCAUCUGGGCUUCAUCGGCGGCGCGGCGGAAAAGCCUGUGCCGUUGCCCGAGGCCCGUGAGACAGACUGA